UGGAGUAGCCGCAGAGAACUGCAGGGUGACAGAACGCUCAGGACAUCUCUCACUUUUAUCUCCUUCCUUCUCUUCUUCCAGAAUCGAAAAGCGCUCCGACAUGAACGGCCACUGCAACGGAAAGGUCAACGACACCGUGGAGGAGUUCCACUGCAACAACGGCUUCAGCGACCUCAUCAUAGACACCAAGACGUCCGCCGUGCACCGCAAGCACGAGACGUCCCGCAAAGAUUCCGAGGACAAGUCCCACUUACCUGCGCUCGAGGCCGCCUACACCAGCAUCCUGCGGGAGCUCGGGGAGGACACGGACCGACAGGGGCUGCUGCGCACGCCGCUGCGCGCCGCCAAAGCCAUGCAGUUCCUCACCAAGGGCUACCACGAGACCAUCGACGACAUCCUAAAUAAUGCCAUAUUUGAUGAAGACCAUGAUGAGAUGGUGAUUGUGAAAGACAUAGACAUGUUUUCACUGUGUGAGCAUCACCUGGUGCCCUUUUUUGGCAAGGUUCACAUCGGGUAUAUCCCCAACAAAAAAGUGGUGGGACUGAGCAAGCUGGCAAGGAUUGUGGAGAUCUUCAGCCGGAGGCUUCAGGUUCAAGAGCGCCUGACCAAGCAGAUUGCCAUGGGAAUAUCUGAGGCUCUACAGCCAAAAGGUGUAGCUGUGGUCAUUGAAGCAGCGCACAUGUGUAUGGUUAUGCGUGGCGUCCAGAAGAUGAACAGCCGCACAGUGACGAGCACCAUGUUGGGAGUUUACCUAGAGGACCCCAAAACCCGAGAGGAGUUCCUGACCCUUUCACAGCACAUUUAACAAAUUCCGUACACCCUUCACUCCCGAGCCUUUGUAUUACAGUAGCACAUGGAAAGCUCUGGAGUAACAGUGGAUCUGCAUCUGACUUUACUUUAAGAAAAUGACAAACCAAAAGCAGGAAACGUAAAGCUGCUUUUUGAUGCAGGAUCCAGAGCCAACUCUGGAGCUCACCUCAAUACACUGAAGCCUGAAAGAUUUCUGUCCUGCUGCUGAAGUCCAUCAGUUAAAAUCACUGUGAACAAAAUAGGAAAUAGAAGACUCACAUUCUUGGUGCCUUUGGUAGAUAUUUUACAGUCUUAAAUUGCAAUAUUGUUUUUAUAAUGUAUGAAAUCUGAGUGCAAUGUUGUAAUGUGAUAAUACUUAAGAUUUACUUUUUUCUUCCCUGAUGGGAAUUUCAUUGGUGCUUUUGCAAAGAGAUACCCUUAUAAUAAUUUAACAAACUAUGUGUCAAUUCUGAAUACAUUUAUAGUCUUUGUAACAAAUGACAUUUUUAAGCUAUAAAUCAAAUUAUUAUAUCAUCUGUAGUCCAAAGAGUAGAAUAAAUGAUGUACUAAGUAGAUAUUAGCUUUUGUCAGUGAUCACUGUAUUAGGUAAA